AGUUCUCUGGCAGUUGGGGACCACCACCGCCCUCACUUUCUGCUGGCCAGCGACUCUGCCGCACGUCCCGUCCACCUCGCCUCAGAUAAGAUUUCCCUUGGCCUUAGGGCUAAGGGCCGAGGGGUAGCAUGGCCAAAGCAGCAGCCUCUUCGCCGCUAGAGGACUUAGACCUGAGCGGAGAGGAGGUCCAGCGGCUCACCUCUGCCUUUCAGGACCCGGAGUUCCGGCGAAUGUUCUCCCAGUACGCCGAGGAGCUCACGGACCCCGAGAACCGGCGGCGCUACGAAGAGGAGAUCACCGCGCUGGAGCGCGAGCGCGGAGUGGAGGUGCGGUUCGUGCACCCAGAGCCUGGCUACGUGCUACGCACCAGCCUGGACGGGGCGCGGCGCUGUUUCGUGAACGUGUGCAGCAACACGCUGGUAAGCGCACCAACCAGCCGGCCAGGAUCCGUGAACGCGGCGGCCGGUAGCCAGUGGUCCCUGCCCUAUAGCCUGGCGCCCGGCCGCGAGUACGCAGGGCGCCGCAGCACCCGCUACACGGUCUACGACGUGGUCUUCCACCCGGGCGCGCUCGCGCUGGCCCGGCGCCACGAAGCGUUUCGCCAGAUGCUGGACGCCACGGCCCUGGAAGCCGUCGAGAAGCAGUUCGGGGUGAAGCUGGACCACAGAAAUGCCAAGACGUUGAAGAUCAAAUACAAGGGGACCCCGGAAGCAGCUGUGCUGCGCACACCCCUGCCCGGGGGUGUCCCGGCUCGGCCCGAAGGGGAGCUGGAGAGCCCUCUCCCGGAUUUUCCCUACCCUUACCGGGGCCUGGCAGCCGCCGGGAACUCUAUGGGGCCCGAGCGCCGGGCUCCCUCCUCUCCAGAGGCGGUCCCACAGCCUGCCCCUACCGAACCUCGCUACAGUGUGGUGCAGCGACACCACGUGGACCUCCAGGAUUACCGCUGUUCCAGGGACUCGGCCCCCAGCCCCGUGCCUCAGGAGCUGGUGGUCACCAUCGAGCUGCCGCUGUUGCGCUCCGCCGAGCAGGCGGCGCUGGAGGUGACGGGAAAACUGCUGUGUCUGGACUCCAAGAAACCCGACUACCAGCUGCGGCUCUCGCUCCCGUACCCGGUGGACGACAGCCACGGGAAGGCGCAGUUCAACAAGACCCGGCGACAGCUGGUGGUCACGCUGCCCGUGGCGCAGUCCGCGGCGCGCCGGGAGCCCGCUACAGAGCCGGAAGACAGGGCCGACACACCCGGAACUGCUGGCGCGACCUGCACUUCCGCUAGCGAGAGCCAGACGGGUCUGUCGGGGGUUCGCGCAGGGGACGAGGACGCAGCUCCCGGCAGAGCUGGGGCUGCAGACGACGGGAUUACCACUCUGGACUUCUCCUUGGAGAAGCAGGACUUCGGCGGGCGAGCGGUCUCGGCUACCGACUUCGGGGAAAACCCCAUUCUAGGAACUGGAAGCUCACCUGGGGACGGUGGUAGAAUCUCUCCUUGUAUUUCAGCCGGGCACCUAGACAGAGGUGCUUCUGCAGGAGGAGGAAGUGUGUGUGGAGAUCUCAGCGUUGACACCCGCGUGGCCCGGGAAGACAGGGGCAGGGAGUCUUCUGAUCCAGCCAUGGAUGGUCCCGGGACAGACAGCUGGGGACCUCUGUGUCCUCCUUUGCAGUGCACACAGGAUGAAGAAUCCCUGACUCUGUUAAUUCAGGUGCCUCGGAUCCAGCCGCAAAGUCUUCAAGGGGAUGUGAGCCCUCUCCGGUACAAAUUGUGCUUCUCCACCGAAGACUUAGUUUAUUCCUUCCUCUUGCAGUUUGCUCCAGAAAAUAAAUUGAGUAACAAAGAAGCAGUGGUUAAUUCUUCAAACAAUGCAGUGAUAGAACUGGCCAAAUCUACAGGGUGCUAUGGAUAUUGGAGAGAGUGGUAUUAUGGUUUAAACAACGAUUCUUUAGAGUUGCAAAAAUGUACUAAGUCUGAGCAGCUUCAAGAAAAGGAAGAAAGAGCCAAUGAAGGAAGUCAUCUAACUGAAAAAGAAAAAAUAGAACAUCCUACCACCUCAACAACAGAUUCUGAUUCAUCUAUAGCUGUUAAAGUACUAGAAAUAGACAGCUGUGGUUCCGCUGAAUACUUGCAACAAGAGUCUCUUGAUAUUUCCCAAGUGCUAUUUGGAAAGUCGCAGCAAUCUGACUCCAAAAUGGAACCUGAAUUUAUAAAAGAAAAAGGUGCUGUUUACUCAAAUGAAAGGAAAGAUAAUUUAAAAGAACCAGUAAUGACUGAAGAGAAAGAAUUAACAGUUCACAAUAUACCUGGUUUUGACAACAUAAAAGAAACCAAUAUGCAGGAUGGUAGUGUGCAGAUUAUUAAAGAUCAUGUGACUCACUGUGCCUUCAGUUUUCAGAAUUCUUUGACUAUAUGACUUGGAUUAAUAUAAUUUUAGAAUUUAAAGGUUAAGAGUUAAAAAUCUUGGAUGUAAUAGAAAUUCCUAUUUCUGUAACCAUUAUCUUAAAACCAAAGGUACUGAAGGAAGUAUAUUUUCGGUUUUAAAAUAUAUUCUCUGUUCACGUCUCUUAAAACUGAAGAUAUUCAAAAAAUUAAAAUUUGCAAUUUUGAUUCUAAUGGGAAAACUGGAGAUAUUUUGCAUGUAUAGAGUUUAUAUAUAAUUUCCUUAAGUUUUGUGAUUCCUCUGAUAGAUGUAUAUUCUUUCUAAAUGAGAAAUAUUUAGUUUUGUUACAACCUGUAUAUAUUUACUUCUGUGUUGGUUUUGGCUUCUUUUGUUUACCAUUAGUUUCAAAAUAUUCACUAAGUUGUGGCUGUCACAAAAAGUAAUUCUCAAGAAUGUAACUAGAAAUCUAAGUGUUGAGGGGGCAGAAUCUCAAAAUUGUUUCAAAGUUUCACUAAAUAGGAUGUGUUUUUAUGCUUGAAAUAUUGUUAGAGAUGAAAGAACUUUACUAACCAGUAAUAAUAAUUUGAACAAUUAUAAUACAAAUAUACUGAAAUUCAGUAUUUUUGCUUCCACACUGUAUUUUACUUUUCUCAUCUGUCACACACACGCACACAUAUGUGUGCGUGUGUGUGUGUAUAUAUAUAAUUAUAUGCAUGCACACAUAUAAGACAAGUUAUUUAGUAAUUACUUUGAAAAUUUAAAAAUUUUAAAGCAUUUUUUAGAAGUUAUUGUUACAUAUUAAAACAUCCCUUGGUUUUAUAGAAUACAUAGCUGAAUUUUAGAACAGGAAAACUAAAAAAUCUGGGAAUUUGCUCCCAUGGGAAAAUUAUCAUUAUUAUAUUAUUACAUGAAGACAACGAAGUGUUUUCUAAUUAAUUUCCUUUAUAACACCUAAAAGAAGGCAGCGGCAGAUAAUGUAUCGUGGCUGUUAGUUUGUGGAAUAGUGUUUUUUAUUGAGGCCAGAAGAAUAUCCUACUCAAUUUUUUCCUCACAGAAAUUUUUAGGACAGCAUGAAAAAACUGUAGAAAGAAAAAUAUGUUAACCCAGUCUCUAACCCCAAAGACCAUAAGCUGAGGUAUGUAUUCCAAAAAUAGCUACCAAUUCAAACAUCUGGCCUUACCUUAGUCCUGGAAAUUACCUAAUAUUUUUAAUCCUUUAAACUGAGGAGGUCAUAUCAGAGCACCAAAAGCUGGUACAAAGCCUGGCUACUCAUCCUGAUUUACAUUUAUAAUCCUGAUAAAAUCUGGAACUAGACUGGAUUAAGGGCAGUAUAACUAUAGCUAGUUCAUAAAACAGAGAUUUGCCCCAUCUUAGAUGACCAAAUGCAUUUUCAACCAUAAUGAUGGUUAAUUUGCUGCAAUAAUUUUGAAACUACUUAAUACACAAUUUUCUUAGAUUGAAAUGACUGAUUGUAAUAUCUACACCAAAAUUAGUCUGAGUAAUUUUUGGUUGAAUGGAAUUGUAUACUGUUAAGAGAAAUGUCUACGUUAAAUGUGGAAUAAAUUUUAAGCCUGUUUCCUCCAUGUCCUUUUAAGUAUUUUUAAAAUAAAGCUGGCACUAUAACAUUGCACUUUGGCAUGACUGAACUUUGUAUUAUUCCUGGCUAUAUUUCACUUACAGAGCAGCUUUUUAUUGUUCAUUAUCUAUGCCUGGCUAAUUUGAAAGCCAGUUUCUUCCAAAGGGAAUGCACUGUCAAGAGCUGAGUUUUCUUUAUUUCAGAGUCAGUUAUAUAAUGUUGAAUAGUAAAUAUGAAGAUGUAAUACAAACUUUAAAACUUCUAAAAUGCCUUCAUUGAAUUUUGGUGUAAAGAGUACAUAAAAUUUAUUCUGCAAAAUGAUUAGGAACCUCUUUAUGCAAAAAUGAUUAUUUUAUUUUGGCAGCACUAAAAGAAAAAAAAACCCACUGUAUUUCUACAUUGAGGUGACAACAGUGUUAAAAUUUUCUUAUCAAAUACAUUCCAAAAGAAAGUGUGUUCUACGAAGGUUCCAAAGCACAGGCAAAUCUUAACACAAUAAUACAGGAAUCUGUAAUACUUAUAUUGACUCUGUUUUGACAGGGUGUUUAACAAACAUAACUUUUGAAUUAUAAAACCAGUGAAGCAAUCCUUUUCUAGUAACUGUGUGGAGUGAAACUGGGAUUGUUCCAUUAAUACUUAACAAUUUCAUGGUAAUACUUUUUACUACUAUGACAACUUUAAAUAAAUUUGAAAAUGGAAAUGUAUACAAAGUUCCAGGUAAAAAGAUUAAUAGAUGCAAUUUAAAUAAAAUUCCUCCUCUUCUCUCAGAGUAAUGAUUAGCUUUAGCAGAUACACAGACUAAGCUUUAAAAUCCAACUCCCAAAAUUAAAACUUAUGUUUUAAAUCUUUGAUUAAUCAGACAUGAAA